AUGGGAAUGGAUCGGGGCAUACUUGGACGAGGGCGUUGUCAUCCACGUCCCCGUUUUCGAUCCCAACGUCUCUCACUCUAUAGUAUUGAGUUCCAUCGAAAGAGAUUGGCCAAACUACGUGAAGGCUCUCAAGUCUCGUUGGAGAUCCAAUCAGAUAAGAUUCUGAAGGGAACUGAUCAGGAUCAGACCACUCUUGUCUCCGGAAUUGAUAUUCAGGGAAAGUUGUCGUCUGAUGUUGUUACUAGCACCUCCAAGCCUCAGACACCAUCAUCAAGUUUGGUCGGGAUGAAGAAAACACUAGGUUCUCAAGUCUCGUUGCUACGUUGUUCUGCCUGUAAGCAAAUAAUCCAGUCUGAUAAGAGUCUAAAGGGAUCUUCUGACCAGGAUCAGACCACUCUUGUCUCUGAAAUUGAUAUUCAGGAAAAGUUGUCGUCUGGCAUCGUUAGUAGCACCUCCAAGCCUCGUAAAGGUAAGCGUUUCCGAUUUAGUUCAAAGAUGCCCAAAGUUUUUCAAAAGAAGAAGAAGAAGAAGAAGAAGAAGAAGAAGAGCUCACGCAGAGAAGCUGUAUCUAAGUUACCACAACUAUCUAUUUAUAGUUAA